AUGCCAUCAUCAUCAUCUUACUCAACUACUACUUCCUCAAAUGAUCAAUGUGAACAUUGUCAUUCUACAUAUACAAUAACUAAACGAAAAAAAAGUUGCGCAGUUUGUCGUCAAUAUUAUUGUACAAGUUGUGCACCACGUGAACGUCAUUAUAAUCAACCAUAUCGUAUAUGUCUUAUAUGUCAAUUAAUAUCAGGUGAUGGAACAACAGAUGAACAAUUAUUAGCAUUAAAAGUUAAACAUUUACGGUGCUAUUUACAAGCAAAAAAUAUUUCACAUCAUACAUGUACAGAAAAACAAGAACUUGUUGAUUUAAUUGUACGAAAUAGACAUUUACCAUUUACACGUUUAUUUAUUCAACAACAGCAACAACAACAACAGCAAGCACAAACUUCAUCAACAUCAACAGCAACAAAUUCUAAUCAACAACAAUUUCAUACAACAUUUAAUCAAUUUUCAACAUCAACAAGUGCUUCAUCUUCAUCAUCAUCAUCAUCAACAACAACAACUGUUAUGCCACCACCACCACCACCUCCUCCACCUAAAAAUGGGAAUUUUACUAAUUUUCAACAUACAAUGUCAUCAUUUGCUAGUCAAAUGAAUCAUUUUGCUGCUAAUUUACAAGAUUAUGUUACAAAUACAGUAUCAGGUGUUUUACAUCAUGCACUUGGUGAUCAUCAACAACAACAACAACAAACAACAACAACAACAACGACAACAACAACAAAUAAUGGAAAUGGUACAUCAACAUUUAAUUUUGGUACAACAACAAAUGGUCCAUUUACAUAUACAUUUUCAUCACCGGGAAAUUUUGUUUAUACAACAACAACAAAUAGUACAUCAACUAGUCCACAACAACGAAGAACUACAACAACAACUAAUGAAACGACAGCUAAUUCUAAUGUGCAACAACAAACAACUACAACUCAACAGAGACCACGUCGAAAAUCUCUUAGUGAAUUAAAUAAUGAACAAAAUAUUGAAGAUUUAAAUGUUCGAGAAUUAAAAGAAAUUUUAGUAGCAAAUUUUGUUGAUUAUAAAGGAUGUGUUGAAAAAACUGAAUUAAUUGAAAAAGUUCGAAGACUUUAUCGUGAUCGACAAAAUGAAAAAAUUAAAACUAAAGAACUUGAUAAUGCAACAGCAAGUGAUAGUGAAUUAUGUAAAGUAUGCAUGGAUGCAAUUGCUGAUUGUGUAUUUUUAGAUUGUGGUCAUAUGGUAACAUGUGUCAAAUGUGGUAAAUUACUUGCUGAAUGUCCAAUUUGUCGAUCGAAUAUUGUUCGUGUUGUACGCGUUUUCAAGUCAUAA